CAGUCCUGUGGAGACUGAGCCUCCAGAGCUGUGACUGCUUCUAGGGGAUCCUCAACUUUUGCUUUACAGGAUUGUGAGUUUUCCAACUUCAGGAAUAGAGGCGGCUCUUGGAUUUAUGCUCUUCUUAUUGUAUGCAACCACCAACUGUUAUUAAAUGAUUGAAAGAAAAUGUUAACUCAACCCGUUAUGUGCUUUUUCUAAUGAGGAAAAAGAAGAGAAGAAUUCCAACCAGUCAGAGACAACAGAACUGGACAAAGGAAAUUCACAACUUUCUGCUGUUGUUUUACCAUCUGACGUCAUACAUGGCUACUGAUGGCAAUGCUCUUCAGGUUCCUUUGCGUCAGAAGCCGAGGAAGAAAACUCAAGGUUUUUUCACGAUGAGUCGGAGGAGGAUAUCAUGUAAAGAUCUGGGACACGCUGACUGCCAAGGAUGGCUAUAUAAGAAAAAGGAAAAAGGAAGUUUCCUAAGCAACAAAUGGAAAAAGUUCUGGGUGGUACUGAAGGGGUCGUCGCUGUACUGGUAUAGCAAUCAAAUGGCAGAGAAAGCUGAUGGAUUUGUCAACCUGCCUGAUUUCACGGUUGAAAGAGCAUCUGAAUGCAAGAAAAAGCAUGCUUUUAAGGUCAACCAUCCACAGAUCAAGGCCUUUUAUUUUGCAGCUGAGAACAUGCAGGAGAUGAAUGUGUGGUUAAAUAAACUUGGAUUAGCUGUAAUCCAUCAUGAAUCCACUACAAAGGAUGGAGAAUGUUACAGUGAAAGUGAACAGGAAGAUCCUGAAAUCGCCACGGAGACACCACCCCCUUCCUACUCCUCCCAGACCCAGUCUCCUUCAGUAUGUGCAGAUGCUGGACAGCAGGCAUCUUCAUCUUCACUCAAAUCAAGUGAAACAUCAUGUUCUUUCUCAUCCCUGGAAAACACAGCAAAGACACCCAGCGAUUUUUCUUCCUCGUUAUCUAAAGAAAGACAGUCCUGGCUUGACAUAGUUAACAGCUCAUCUGCUGCUGAAGGUUUGGGACAGUCUGUGACAUUUGCUGUGCAGCUUCAUUCCCCUGUACCCUCGGAGGCAAGCAGUCUCAAGGCCCUGGAAAACAGUUCUGUCAUGUCAGAAAGUGGAUUUUUGAACUCUUUAUCUAGCGAUGACACUUCUUCAUUGAGUAGCAACCAAGACCAUCUAACCAUCCCGGAUAAGCCUAUAGGAUCAAAGAUCAUGGACAGAGAAGAAACAAAAGCAUCUGAAGAUGAUGAAAUGGAGAAGCUGUACAAAUCAUUAGAGCAAGCUAGUUUGUCUCCUCUUGGGGACCGACGACCUUCAACCAAAAAGGAGUUGAGAAAGUCCUUUGUUAAGCGUUGCAAAAAUCCAUCCAUAAAUGAGAAACUCCACAAAAUCCGAACUUUGAAUAGCACAUUAAAGUGUAAAGAACACGAUUUGGCCAUGAUUAACCAGUUGCUGGACGAUCCGAAGCUGACGGCCAGGAAGUACAGAGAGUGGAAGGUCAUGAACACACUGCUGAUUCAGGACAUCUAUCAGCAGCAGCUGGCCAUGCCUGCGCCUGAAGACACCCCCCAGGAACUCGAGAAACCACCUUCUUCAGCCUGUUGCUGAAAAUUCUCUUUCAGAAGAAGCCAGGAUUUUCUUCUAUUACAUUUUACCACAAGCAACUCUUGAAGAUGCUGCAAGAGCUCACAUUUUUUCCUUAAAAGGAAAACUGAAACCCUGGCCCUCAAGCAUCCACUCCCCCCUCUAAAGAUGCAACUUAGCUGAAGACAGUGACCAAAUACAGCAGGACUCCUCAUUCCGAUAGAAAUACAUCUGUCAAAACUGGAAUGAUGGAGUUCAGCCGAACAGGAUAUUUUGUGUGUGUUCGUACUGGGAGUGCUCAGAGUGAUGCUAGGCUCUGGGUGGGAUGUGAGAAAUACAUCUUCUGUUCCUGGCUUUCAUGAGAAUUACAAUCAUCUAUGGACGAAAAACAAGCUUUACCAGGGAUAAUUAUUCAUAGAAACAUUCUGUUUUCCAAAAGAAGAAUGUAGAUAUUCCACCUGCUGGGUAGAUGAGUGCCCCAAAUAGUUUUUUGAGUGGAGGACUAUUUUCCACAGCAGCAAGUGGAGCAAGACAAAGGUGGUAUUGUGGAACAAAUAUUUCUUGCUUUUGGUAGAAAAUGAUGGUGACUUUUCCACUUGUGGAGAAAAUACUUCAUAGACAGUGGUGUGUGGGAGAGCUGAAGGAGGAAGGGUGUUCUACGUUCCACUCACUCAAAGGACAGCUUGGCAUUUUCACACUUCAUCCAGGAUGGGCAAUCUGAUUAAUGUCUCCUUUCCUCAUAACAGCCAGAGAAAACUGUCUCAUCACAGAGACCUCUACUCCCUCCUAGCUUCCCUACCCACCCGUAGGAGAUAGUAAUGAACCAGCAAGGAAUGGUAGCUGCUUUUGUCCUUGGCUGUGGUGCCUAAUUACAGUAUGGUUUUAUAUCCACGUUUCCUGGGAUUAACAUUGACAAGAUGAUUUUGGCAUCUGAAUUGUUUUAAUAUCUUUACUCAAAAAACCCCAAACAAACAAAUAAACAAAAAAACCCAAAAACAAAAACCCCCCACCAAAACCCUAACACAAAAACUUCAUGAAACAAAAGUGUUAUAACGUAAUUGUUUUAUUUUUAUAUGUUUAUGUGUAGAUUUGUGUGCCGUGUGAAUAGCUAACUAUAUUUGUUAUUUAAAUAUAUUUAUAGACAUUCAAAUUACUAGUCUUUUAAAAGAUGAGAUACUAUCAUAUGUUUUGCUCAGUGUAUACUUGAAGUUUAUACUUUUUGCUUGAGAAAAAUUGAAAUACUGUUGAUUCAUGGGAGCUAGGAUGUUGCACUAUAAUGUACAAAAAAUGCUCAGGAAAUCUCGUGGGGAAAAUAUUGGGGUGUAUAUUUGUAAUUUUUCAUUUUCUUCUUCUACCCUCUGUCCCCAACUCUCUGAGUUCUUAUAUCUCUGUUCUAUGGUAAGUCACUCUCUUAUUUUAGGUUAUACCUUCUUAUAAAUAAACUUUAAGCUUUAUGCCAUUUAUGCCUAAAAGCAUCACCCCAAAUGAAAUAAAACUGUCAUCUUUGAUUGAAGACAAGUAGAAAUUUGGCGGUGUGGUUAAAGAAAGGCCAUAGAGAAAAGAUAUAAAAGUCUUCACUUACUCAUCACCGUGAAUGGUGUCUUUCUCACCAGGAGAAUAACCACCGCCCACCAGGAACCUUUUUUUUUUUUUUUUGGCCCUACCUGCCCCCAACAAAUUUGUUGAUAUGACACAUUUUGUUUUAUGCCUUCAGAGUGUGGCAUGAUAUUCAACUGGAAAUAACCCCUGAACUGUAUCUGCAAACUAAGUGGAAAUAGUCAAACAUUUCUCCAAGCUUUACUAAGAUGUCUUAAUACUCUGUAAACAAAAUACAACCUUAGCAUUAUGAAAGAAAAAAAACAGGAAGCAAGUUGUAGUCCCAGAAGCUUCUCUGAGAUAAAAGGCAGUGUCAGUCCAUUUGGCCCAGCAUACAUCCCUCUUACACAACGGAAGCUAAUGGCAGGUGAAUCUGACUUGUAGUGAGUUGAGAGUCGGCAUCUGAGAAUAGUAACAUUCUGGCUCGCAGAUUGCGCCCUGAUGCUUUGAUUUGAGAAGACAGUGCUCUUGCCUCUUUACUCUGGAAAUUAUCAUUGCUUCUUUCUGUGAUUAGCCACCAGGAGAAGGUUGAUUGUUUAAGAUUCACAAUGUAAAGAGUGUUGAGGGAAUGAGGAAUAGUAUAGUGGAAAUAACAGCAUGAUACCAGUCGCCUCUCCACCUGUUUUUCUUUGGUUUGCAGCAUCAGCCUGUACACUUCCAAAGAGUUUUUCCUAAAUUGAGCUCCACAGGCUUUUGAUCAGGACAUGUAAAUACAUCUGAAUGCUUUUCUUUGGCUACUUUAAUUGACCUUUUAGUGUAAACUUCUUUAGUACCAUUCAAAUUUAAAGGUAGAAAAGAAUCAUGAGAUAACCAAGUCUUAAAGUUAUUUUUCGAAGACACUUCAAUCUAGAAGUUUUUCUGCUUUGAUUAUUAAAGCUUACUUUGCAAUCUCCCGAAAUGAAAGCUAGACUGACCUGCACAAUUUUGCACCCUGCCCUUCUGGACGCAAGUUGCUUGCUCAUUUUUGUGUUCCUCUCUGUAAAUCCCUUGCUCUGGACCAGGUUGUUCUAGGAUGCAGUGGGCAGCAUCUGUGAGUUCUCAACUUCAGCUGGGGCUGGAAGAGGAGGGUAGAGGGACAGAGAGGAGUGAGAGGAAGAGUGACAUAAAGUAUGGGAGGCCAUGGGCUGGCCUCUCUUGACCCCAAGUUACUUCCUGGUCUAAAGGAUAUUGGGAAAAUGGGGUUACUUCCAUUUAUUGCCUGCUAGUCAUCUCUGAAAUGGACUUGGGGUAGUAUCAAGGAGUGUCAGGGGAGACUUCUGACAUGGAUAGCUGAAGGGUCUGUGGAAUGACACAGAACCAUGGCUACUCAGGAAGGAAGGGGAGAACCUCUUGCAUAAGUAGAUCUAAAGCUGUGGCACCCGUUAAGCAUUAGGGUCUAGAGAAGACGCCUCUUUGUGGAAGGGACCUUUUCUCUCCAUUGUUAGCCUGUAGACCCAAACUGGAGCCCUAUGUGAUUCCUUCCCUAGUCAAUAUGUUGCAAAUACACACUGAGUCUGAGGGUCUGUUCUACAUCUGAAGGGCAUCCGCUGCUUUUAAGAAUCUUUAGUUUUUGCACAACAGCUCAAAUCUCAGAAAAAAUCAAAGGCCUAGAAAGAAUCCUGACGUAUAGGAUUUCAAAGACUCCAGAAAGCCUGAGAUUGUGUUUAGAGUCACAUUUCAAUGUGAAGCUCAUGCCUUAUAUUUACAUAGCACUUUGUAGUUCGCCAAUUGGUGUGUUUCAGAGCCCCACCCCUGCCCCGCCUGCUGCCCCUUGGUCUUUGUGGGGAGAUUGUGGAUUUUCAUUACAGUGAAGUGCCUGGCCCAGAGCCCACGUGGGGAAGCCUAAACUGAAGCCUGAGUCUCAGGACUCAGCCCCAGCCUCGACUGCUCCCUUGUGAAGUUGUUGUCAGGGCAGAACCCUUAGGGAGUCGCUAAGUGACUUGGAGGAUGUGCUCCAUCACAUAGGGCUCAGCUCACAGGGGGCCAUCAUGGUUUUUUUGCUAAGUUAUCCAGUGGGACCCAGAGGGGCCUGUGUCCUUUGAGUACGAGUCUUUCACUAAAAGCCCUGCAGAGACCUGCUCAUGGACUAUCUGCAAGUUGGAACUUAACCUGAUGCUUUUGUGCUUCCUUUAUUUCCCUCUGUAAAUUAUAAUAUUUGUUAGGUGCUGUGAGAUCCUUGGAUGAAAGAGUUAUAUUUAAAGACACAGAGAGGGUUUAUUUUCUCAGCUGUCAGAGACCCAACUUAGUGAUUGUUGUUAGUCCCUGGACUUUUUCUCCCAAUUUCUUCUCAUGUAAUUAUAAUAACUUCAUCAGGUAGCCUUUAAGUCACAAACAAUAUCACAGAGAUGAAACAGAUUAAAAGAAAUAUAUUUUUAAAUUAUUUUGAGGAGAGUUGCUGUAUAACUUUAAGCCAUAUUUAAAUUCAUGGACACACAGCUCUUUGUAAGAAAAGACAAUAUACCAGUAUUUUGAUAUAACUACACAGGUACGUCAAGGAGGUUCAUAACCAGCCUAUCUAUUUUAUAUGGAAAAGCUGUCAUCUCCAAAUGAAGUUUUAGGAUGCAUUUUUCUCCCUCACUCUAAUAGAGUAUGAUGUUUGAUUGAGGUCUUGCAAUUUAUUUCUCUUCCAAUUUUUAGCAUAUUUAUCUCCCAAGACAAAAAUCAAGUCCCCAAACUGGGGGGUGUUGACUGCACAGCCUAGGGUUUUGAAGUAUGUAAUUUUAUUUUUUUUAAAAGCCCCUUGACCUAGAGUUUUUACAGCCCACUUGAAAUGGACUGGGGAGGGGGGACAAUUUCACCCUUUGGGGAAAGCUGCUUUGUCCUUGACUGAGAUACUGGGUGGCCACGUGUUUGUGGAUGUUUUGAGACAGGAAUUGAUUUCCUUCCCAUUUUUUGUACCUCUUUACUCUUUUCCAUAUGACCACAGCGCCACACGGAAAACAUUAAAAAUGGAUUCCCCAUAAAACUAUGUCUUCACAUGUGUCUUGCUGUGAGGAGACUUAACUGCUCUGUAUUGAUAUGUCUGUACCUUCAGUGCACAGGGGAAGCAUGCCCCACAUUAAAUAGCCCCUGGUAAAAACCAGGAUUGAUAAUCACCACAUACUUUAAUGUUCUUGCAUGCAUGGACUUUUUAGCACUGCAUGGUGUUUGGGGGCAAGAUGUUAAUGUAGAAAUGAUGAUCUUAAAUUUUGCUGUGCUCUCAUUCUUUGUCAACGACCCCUUUGACUGAAUCGAAAAAAAAAAAAAAGCAUGGCUCAUUUCUUCUGCUCUGUUUUUGAGGUUGACGUCUAAGAUGAAAAUAAAAAUAAUUAAAAGUAUGUAUCUAGUAAAAUGACAUGGAAAAAAAAAUCGAAAUAGGCCACGGGUGUUCAUUUUCUGCCCUGCAGUGUUGCUCCCUCAGAGAAAAAAAAUCCUCUGCCUGGUAAGUGUUUUUAAAUGGCGGCUCGUUCAUCUUCUGCAAAGGUUGUAGUGCCCUCUGGUGGCAUUUCCUAAGACAUCUUGUAUUUAUUUUUAAAUAAAAGAUCUAAUUACAUUGGGGAGUGUAUUUCAGCAAUAACUGAUGUGGUCUUCUCCAGUGGUUCACAGUUGACAGGCUUAUCGGUACAAUGAUAUCUAGGUUUUUCAAAAAUUUCCAUUGGACCACACAAUUUGACUUGUCUAUCAUUGCUAAGCAUCCAUAGAUGGU